GCUAGUGUGACGUAUAAUCUAGUGGACGGGACGCUCCUUCAACAACAACAGCUAGUCAGACACCUCGGUAGGUUUCUAGCAAACAUAGCUACAACAUUCACGCUCUUUACACUGUUUUGGUGUAUAUUCGCGCUGUGUAUUAAACACACUUCUGUCGUAUGUACUUGAUGACCCACGUAAUUAUAUAUUUACGUUGUUUGUCAGCUAGCUGGUUUGCUAAGUUAGCUUAGAACUAGGCUAGUCGCUAAUGCUAGCUAGCUAACAUCUCCGACCAUGAGUUCACCAAGCUACUCUCCUCCUGAUAAAGAAGCUCUCAUCAAAGAGGAGGAGGAAGAGGAGUCUGUUACAAUACAAAAACAAGUAGAGGGUGAGGCUGUUACCGUGAAAGAAGAAGAGAAAGACGUUUCAGUGAAAGAAGAGGAAGACGCGUUCAGAGUGAAAGAGGAGGAGGAUGUUACAGUAAAAGAAGAGGAGGAUGCAGUUUUUGGAGUGAAAGAGGAGGAGAUGACUGUCACAUUGGAGGAAGAAGAGGAGGUUGGAGAUCUGUUUAACACCAGCUGCUUUUUCUUCUUUGGACUUUAUAUGGCGGUUGGCAACCAACUUUAAGGUGCAUUACCACCAUCAACUGGACUGGAGUGUGGACCUCAGUUCAUCUUUCAAUCUCCCACGUAUAUACCAAGACAUUCAUGAAGAGGGCACAACAAAAUAUUUUCCCCCUCAGGAGACUGAAAAGAUUUGGCAUGGGUCCCCAGAUCCUCAAAAGUUAAUUCAGCUGCACCAUCGAUAGCAU